AUGUGUACCGAGCAAGAAGUCCGUGUGCAGUUGUUGUUGGCUUUCUUCUUCGUAGCUGCACUUUCCUACCAAGACGUUGAAGGUAUAAAAGAGAAUAUUCAUCCCUGUAUUUCGUUUUUGCAACUUAUUUUUAUUAUUUUUACUUUUUGUGUUUCUAACGCUGAGUAUCAAAACUGGAAUAUGCAAUUUCACCAUUACUACUCCUGGUCUGUUUGCGUGUGAAAAGGUUUCCUUUGAGAAUCCUUUCAAUGGCGGGCAGGAUGUGAAAGUUUUCGUUUCCAAAAGGCACACAACAAAGAAUUAUAGUGGUGGAGAUGGCGCGGCUAUUUGGGUGGAAUCUGUGGAUAAUAAAGAAUUUACAGUUUGUGUUUUAGAGUACGGAGAUGGUUCUAGUGGGACUACGAAAGUGAACUGGAUGGCGCUGCAAUCUGUUCCUGUUGGCGCUCAACUAGACACAGUCUCGUUGGAUUCUUGGACUACUGGAGAAAAGUGUAAAAGGAUCGCCUUUGAAAAGGUUACCUCUGUUUUCCCUUGCGUUUUCGUUAACUUAAUAGUUCUUACUGAUUUAGGUAUUUCUGUUUGCUCAAACCUAAACACAAGAUUUCACUACGUCAUUUUUUUAGCUUUGCUUGACUAAGUGGCUUUAACUUCCUCUUUCUUUAUUUAGCUCGUAAGAGCUGCAGACUUUCCAUUUGACUUCUUCCUUAUAUCUUUAAGUCAUGCGAUAUAACAUUGUUGCAUUAUAAAAUACGAUUCUUUAUUUGUUUACCAAGAUCUUACAUAUAUUGCUACCUCUAUUUUCUUCCAUCAAAGUUAUCUUGCAAUCUGUCCUCCACUUUUCUUGAUCAUGUCAAUUUUUUUAUUUAAAUUAAUACAUCUUUAAAAAGGUUUAACAAUCUUCAUACUUUUGCUAACUUUUGCUCUAAAAAAUUUAGAGAGAAAGUCUAUAUUUCGAUUGCUUUUGUGUCUACGUUGCCAAGUUCAUGAUUAUCGUUUUAUUUGCUGAUUUACAAAUUCUGUGUUUAAUUCGUAAAACUGUUCUUAGUUUUUCAUCUGCACUAGGAAAUUCCAUCCAAUUUGCUUCUUUCAAGUUGAAAAUGAUUUUUCUAUCACACUUCCAUCGUUUUAUAUCAUACCCUUGUUUGUUUGAAAAAGAAAUGUAAUUGAUUAUUUAUUUUCUUCUCUUUUACUUUUUCAGCGUUUCUCAAUUCCUCCGAGCAUCUACGUAACAGCUCGUCACCAAAUUCUCAAGAGACCUCAGGACGCCUUGGCAUUGUGGGUAGAGGAUGUACGCAGAGACGGUUUUAAGGUUUGCCUCAGGGAAACUAAGAUUUUUGAUGGUCUGCAUAAAAACAUCAAGGUGGUAAGUGAAUUCCUUUUGUUACCUGUUACAUGUUUGAAAGUAGACUUACACGACAACCAAGCGGUUCCUCCCUUGCUGCAACUUACAGGGGCUGUGCUUUAGCAGAACCCAGUUGCCCCUGAGCUCUACCUUUGCUCUUUGCCUACUAGGAAUUAGAAAUCGUAGCUUUUUUCAUAGAGAUCCUAUGUUGGGUACCCUGUGAUUUACACAGGUUCACAGCAAUGGGCUAACCUCUCUUAGAAACAACCUUGACUUGAGAAAGAAUAUAUUGAUAACAUUGUUAAUACUUUUUCACUUGUCCUUCAGGACUGGAUAGCAUUUGUUAAGCUGAUGACGCUGAAUUUUACCUUGAUCCAUGGCCUUGUAACAACAAAGAAUAACUCACCACUAAACAAGCAACAAAACAACGCUGUCUGUCAGGUAAAGUAACUAAUCAACAAUACUGUUUUGGUUUCUCAGUCACUUAUAUUCAUAAAUAGAAAAUCUUUCAUACGUUCAUCGAGCUGUAAUGUUGUUAUCGUCAACUAUUUAAUCAACAUAUAUCAUAUACCGCAUGUGUGUAGAAACACUUAAUGACGAUGAUUUUUUUCUUGUUUUUUUAGAUAAUAAAGUUCACUGAUGCUUUUUAUGCCCCUCCGGUAGUAAUGGUUUCACCAAGACUCAGUUACCAUAACAACUCUCGUUUCUCGGUUUCCGCAACUUGUAACGCAGUUACUGCGUGGAUUCAGGUAACAAAUAUGAAACUUGGAGCCAUUUUUCUUAGUCCAUUGCGUCCUUAGGCUGCCUUCUUAUCUUUUCCUGUCGAACUUACUUUUAGAAUUGUCUCUGUUUCAAUUUUUCAUGUCGUUUAAGGAGUCCAAAAAAGUUUUUUUUUGUUUCAUUUUUUCCCAAUUUUUCCAACCAACCUGUGCACGCCACGGUUUCGCUUUCUGAACGACCUUGGUGUACCUAGUGACAUAGUAGUUAAGGUAAGAAAAUACCUGAUGAUGCUUAAUGAUUGAUAAUCUGAUACUUCUUAUGAUUGUGUCUAGCAUACCUUUAGAAACGAAACCGAGGUGUGUAUGAGAAGAUACAGCAAUAACGCCAAUUAUAAGGACAUCGUACAACUGGAUUACCUGGUGAUUGGAGGUACGUAAACAAUAAUUAUAUCAAAACCUUGGUGAAGGCUGUAUGCUGCAGUGUAUCAAGUACAUUUUAUGACAUGAAUCUUUUGAAGUUGUUUCAUGCAGAGCUUUUUUUCUCUAAUUGAUGCUAUUUUUUUGUGGUCUCUAUUUUUGGGGAUUGUAGAUUUGGUUGACUGAGCUGAAAAACGGGAUCAUAUGCAUUCUUAUCCUUUUCUUAGAGUCGCCAGUGUUGUUGCAUCUACCUGCAAUGCAUCUUAUUGGUAUCUUAAAGCAGUUUCAGCUUGUAAAUUUGACGAAAGUUUUGUAGAAUCUAUACUUUUUUUCUUGUAUCUAAAGUCACGUGUUCCUUAAUUUACGUUACAGUUUCUUAAUAUACGUUAGAGCCCCUUUGUUUCCGGGAGGCAUCCGAGUGAAGACUUGCACGAAUGGUGUGCCAAAGUGGCGGUAAAUUUGAACGUGUCAAAAAAUUCUCUUUAAUAACAUCGUGUUCAAAGUGAUUUUUUUUUCUCGCACGUUCUCAUAGUAAUGUGCAUUUUCAACUCUAAAAAAAUAACUUUUUAAGUUAUGGGCGCUUUAAAUCCAUCUGUUGUUAUUUGCUUAAUUAUCUUCAGACUUGGAUCCCUGCAUAGACGUUACGUGUUAUUAUCACAGCUUCUGUAAGGCGUUUGGACCCCAUGAUGCACGCUGUGUAUGUGUGGAUAGCUGCCCAUCUUACAAAGAACCCGUUUGCUCAUCAAAUGGCACAACGUACGACAACAGAUGUUUGUUUGAAAGAGAAGUUUGUCUACAUCGACUAAACUUAACCGUGCAACAUCCUGGUAGCUGUGAAGGUUAGUACAGUUGUUUUUGAAUCUGUGAUUUUUCUUUUUAUUAGAUUUCAGUAUUAAUCCCUUAGUGAAUUUUUCGAAUGAGUAAUUUACUUACCCAUGUAAUCUGGAGGGAAAAACGGCGAUAGAUGCAUGACUUUAUGGAAGUACAGAAUUUUACGUAAUUUUGCUAAAACGUUUGACAGGGGCAAUGCUAAUAAGAAUACUGGUCAGAAAAAGUGGCGGAUACACUUAUAUUUAAGCAUUUUCAGUUAAUACUCAAGGAAAAUUUUUUUUUUUAAAAUAUGUAUCACUGAAAGAAAUUUAAAACUGAUUCUUCUCUCUGAGAUUAGUAGUAUAGUAGUAGUAGUGGUAGUAGUAGUAAUAGUAGUAGUAGUAGUAAUAAUAGUAGUAGUAGUAGUAGCAGUAAUUGUUUGCAUUUCGUACCCGGACGUAUCUCUGCCUAACAUAUCUGGAUAACGUCCUUUCCUAGAGUUAUAUUUUUUAAGCAUAACUGGAACUGAAUCUUUUCUUUGCGAGAAGUAGUAGUUACAGUGAAUGUUCACUUUCCUUUCCUUUAGCGCUAAUAGGCUUGACCAUUUGCCACCGUGUAGCUCUGCUCAGGAUGCAAGUUCUAAUCUCUCCACUGCUUGCCAUGCUAUUGACCUAAUGCAGUGACAAGCGAUACAUUGUCCGGUGUGAAGUUUCCCUGGACUUCUAUAGUAGAGAGUAACAACCCUCUUUAUUAGAACCACUCAUUUGCUUUAAGUUCUGGGUAAAUGCCCUUUGCUCCGCAUGCUUGUCAUACUAAUCUAUAGUUCAUCUUGAAAUGUGUUUUCUAGGAUUUCCUUUUCAGCGUGGUCGUCGCCACAUGCCACAUAUUCCAUCCUUGGGCUACUCUCACUGUCAUGCCAUUCAUUUCAAACCGUUUGUGUUUUACCCUGACAAACCCAUUCAAGUGCAGAUAACUGUCAAUCAUAUGGAUACCAGUGACAAAUCGUAUGUCCAUGACGCGGCGGCGUAUCGUGGGUUGAAAAUGUGA